GGGGCGCUGCUGCACCUUAACGUUGAAUGCCAACCGCAAUUAAAAGAACGAAGAAGAAUACAGCGGCUGUAGCUAGCUGGUUGAACUAGCUAGCUAUAUUUACUUUUUGCCCGUUAACGAUAGAAAUACGAAAUACGUUUUGUAUCAAAACACUAAUGGUGUGGAGUCGGACUGUUAUAUUUCUCUCCGCACUGAGUGGCUAACCACAAAAAAGGAAGCAAUGAACUUCCAGGGCAGUCGGAGGCGAGGAGAGGAUGGCAUCGCCAUGGUGAUUGACUUCCUGCUGUCUAAUGCCCGGCUGAUUCUGGGAGUUGGUGGGGCUGCCAUGCUAGGAAUUGCUACACUGGCAGUGAAACGGCUGAUAGAGCGCGCAGGCCGUGCAGCCGAUGAUGAAAAGGUGGAGCAGAAGAUGGCUGAGAGCUGGGAGGAGUUGAGUCUGGUCUCUGCUUCCCCCACACUGAUCAAGAAGGGCAUAAAGGGUGUGGUGAUGAAACAUGUUGCCAAGGCAGCCAAACAGCAGAAAGCUGACCUGUGCCAACAACCUCAGAUGUCCUCUCUGGAGUCUAAACCAGAGUCAAAGUCCAAGAGGCUCCAGCUGUGCGUCCUCAGUUUGCAGGAGCGCCUGCAGCAGUAUUAUCACACGAGGGCAGCACUAACUCCACAUGAGGUCCAGAGGGCUCAGUCUCAAGCUCUGGACAUCUGCACUGAGAUCCAGGGCUUUCUGCACAGCCGUCUUCCUGACAUGCCCCUGGGAGAAAUGAGCCUCGGAGGUUCUCUACUGGAUGACCUGCAGGUGGUUAGCGCAGACCAUGCCUGUCUGCUGGUGCCCCUACAGCUGGAAGCCUCUCUGUGGCGUCUCAUCCCGGGAGAGGAAACGCUGCUCACACACCCGCUGCACUGGAUGGUCCGCCGGGUCAAUCUGGAAUAUUUUCCCAGAGGAUGCAGCUACUGGGACAGGUACCUGGUGGGUGGUUACCUGUCCGCAGAAGCUGUUGUGAACAUGUUUAGUAAAGCUGUCAUGGAAACUAUAAACUGGCCGUCCAUCAGCAGCACUCUGGACUGUCUCGUCAGACCUGUACUGGGAGGACCAGAGCUAAAACUGGAGAUUCGGCCUGGAAAUGAGUGGGCCGAGAGCAGUGAUCAGUCCCUGUUCAUCUCCAUGCUGCCUCUGCUGAGGGAGGGGGACGUGGUUCUGACCGCCCAGCCUGAGCUCUCCUCUCCCUGGGUCAACGCCUGGCACCUGUCUCUCUACCCGUGGGAGACUCAGCGCCUGACUCAACUCGACACCGCUGACGACGGAUACCGCAGACACACACUUAAAAUCCUCAAGGCUGCGUGCAGACUGAACCCUGCCCUGCGGCCGCUUCAAGCCGCCCCGCUUGCCAAUCUCAUCCUGCACCUCAGUGACAGUGAGAGCGACUGGUCCGAGAUCAGCCUUCAUGUGCGAUUCCAGCAGUGCAUCACAGAGCUGAUUGGCUACCUCGAACAAGAGGCGUUACACAGUUACUUCAAGCCAGCUGUCAAUCUGCUGAGCGGCUUGUCAGAGGACCAGGUGGACCAGAUGGGCUUCAUGCUCUACUGCGCUGUGUCAGAGCCUGAAAUAUUGCUCAUAUAACUGUCUGCACACACACAUCUCUCAAGCUCUGACACACACACACACACACACACACACACACACACACACACACAC